UUAAAUGUGAAUCUUGUUCUGUUUUAAUUUGGUGCGAAAUGUGUGAAAAUUUGUUGCUUUACAUGUCAUUGGAGGGGUUUUUUUUGCGUAUACGUAGGUUUUAUUGUUUUUUAUAGCAAUUCAGCUCUUUCAUUUAAGGUAGUUAUUUAGGCAGGAGGUCGUAAUUUACGUAAAAUCCUCGCUUUACUUUGAGAAACUAGAUGACCGGGCACACGCGAUGCCUGUGUUAAUUGGAUUAUGCAAAAGAGGAAAAUCGAGAUUAAUCUCUAAUGAAAUCCGAGAUGUGAAAGAUAUGAAGAGAGGGGAGAAGAAAUUACGGUGGCGGUGUUUUUCCCUCCUUGGCAGUUUCUUUAGGCAGUUAAAGGGGUAUUCCUAGUCUCAAAACUGACCUUCAUACCAAAAUGGUUGUUCUUUAUAAUAGUAUUAAUAGAAAAUGAAAAUAAUAGAUGCCAUUUUAAUUUUCUUCCCCUGGUUGUUUUCUUUGACGAACAAUGGGGAAAGGGGGAACGAGAUUCCUAUUGAACGGUUCAUAUCACAAUGACGAGAUUCCAAUUGAGCACGCCAAGGUGCCCUACACCCCCGUAGUGCGCCAAUGCAAUGCGGUAACCCCUUCUCCGAGGAAAGGGGAGCCAAAUCUGAUGGCUUACGAACAACACAUCCAAGAAUCCAUGGCACAGAUUGAAUCCGAUGGAGAAAUUUCGCUGAAACAAAAAUUGAAAUCACUUCCAGCUGCAACAGAUUCAGAAAACACGAAUGGCUGCUUCGACUGCAACAUUUGCUUAGACUCAGCUCAUGACCCUGUGGUCACCCUUUGCGGCCACCUAUACUGCUGGCCUUGCAUCUACAAGUGGCUCAACGUCGAGACCUCUUCCUUCGAACCGGAUGAGAACCCGAAGUGCCCUGUCUGCAAGGCUAAAAUUUCUGAAUCCUCGUUGGUCCCACUGUAUGGUCGUGGAUCGUCUACAUUAGAAUCCGAUACCAAGAAACCACAACUCGGUCUCAUCAUACCUCGUAGGCCAAAUUUCACUAUGAAUCCGAAUCAGCAGAUUCGUUCUUACCCUUUCCGGUCCCAGCCUCAGCCUCAGCCGUUUCACCAGCAACAGUACUUGCCUCCUAACCCAUAUGCCAGUUAUGCUCCAAUGGCAUCUCCUAAUAACUUCAGUCCAACAACAGUUGGGAUGGUUGGAGAGAUGGUUUUCGCGAGGAUGUUUGGAAACAUGGACAUGGGUUUAUUUCCUUAUCCGUACUCCCAUGCUGCACCUCUUGUGGGGAAUGGUAGCCCGAGGAUGAGAAGGCAGGAGAUGGAGGUCGACAAGUCUCUCAACCGAGUGACUAUUUUUCUUUUCUGUUGCUUUGUUUUGUGCCUUCUUUUGUUCUGAGUCUCCUUCAUUGCCCACUGUACAGCUGAAAAAAAUCGUGGGAUUACGGGAGCCUGAACGGUUAGGAAUAGAUUAGAUUGUUCUGCCUAUUGAGUGAUUCUGGGGAGAGGCAUCUCGUUUGAGAGUAUGUACCUGAUGAUAUUUUUUAGUGAAUUAUUAUUGAACUUUCACUA